AUGGACGUAGAUGGACCCUCAGGCUUUCGUUAUGCGCCUAUGACUAAGUUCUUAGUGCCUAUUGUAGGCGCUAGUUCAGCACUUGCUGCCGUAUUUAGCUUGAAGCCUGCCAUGUCACUUGAAAUGGCACACUUGACUGAGCAUAAACAGUUGUGGCGUCUUUUCACUUAUCAUUGGGCUUUUAGUAGUAUUGGAACAAGUGUGAUUGGUACUUGGUUGAUUUAUCGACUUAAGAUUGUAGAAAGAAGAUAUGGUAGUGCUAAAUAUGCAGCUCUUGUGUUUGUUACUUUUGUAGCAUCUACUCUCAUUCAAACAAGUGUAUUGUUUAUUGGCUCACCCUUUGGAUUGAAAUCAAUUGAGAGUGGACCCUAUGCUAUUCUGUUCUCUAUUCUAUACCAAUUCCAUAAAAUUGUUCCUGCUACCUAUCAAACAAGCAUACUUGGUAUUCAAGUGACAGAUAAAAUCUAUGUCUAUGCUGCUGCUAUUCAACUUCUAUUGUCCAAUACAUCAGCAUCUGCUAUUCCCUCAUUAUGUGGAUUAGUGAUUGGUAAACUAUAUUACCAUACAAAAUCAAUUCAACAAUGGCGAUUUCCUGCAUGGAUUCGAUCAUGGACAUCCAAUUAUAUGAUGCCCCUUCUCAGUACUACAAAGAAGCAGUCCUAUACACAAGUAGCAACACCUGUGAUUCAACAACAAGAUAUUGAUACCAUGUUUGCUAUGUUUCCCAACUAUUCUAGACAAGAUAUCGAAAGAGCACUCACGCGUGCCAAGUCAGACUUGAACCGUGCUGCUGAAAUCCUAUUAAGCUCUGAACCAAGUGCUGGUCCUUAA